AUGGUAAAUGAAAAUAAAAUCUUGGUCAAUGAUAUACUAUCAAAGUUGUUUGUUGGAAAAGAAAGUGUUCUAAAGUUGUACAAUAUUAAGCGACAUUACGAACAACAUAAGUCAAAAUACGAUCACUAUGAAGGGUUAUUAAGACAAGAAAAACUGAAAGAACUUAAAUCAGGAUAUAAACACCAACAAUUAAUGUUCACUAAAAUACCACAAGAAAAUGAAGCUACAGUAAAGGUUAGUUAUGUAUUGUCAGAGUUAAUUGCCAAACAUUCGAAACCAUUCACCGAAGGUGAUUUUAUAAAAACGUGUUUGAUUAAAACGGCUGAAAUCAUUUGUCCCGGGAAUCUAAAAGCUUUUCAAAACAUUUCAUUAACACGGAAUACGGUUGCUGAAAGAAUAACUGCACUAGCAUGCAAUUCGAGUGAUCAGAUAAAAAUCAAAAUACCUAGUUUCGAGUAUUUUUCAAUUGCUUGUGAUAAAAGUACCGAUAUUGGUGGCACAGCUCAGUUAGCUGUGUUCUUUCGAGCUUGCGGUACGGAAUUAAAUAUUUAUGAAGAGUUAUUGGAAAUUAAACCUUUGUAUGGUACUACUACAGGAGAGGAUGUAUUCGUUUCUGUUUGUGAACUCUUAAAAAAAUAUGAUUUACCUUUGGUAAAGUUAUCAUCUGUAGCUACAGAUGGAGCUCCUUCUAUGACAGGAAAAAAUAAAGAAAGCGAGUAUUCAGGUUUACCAUACUUUACAGAAGUACGUUGGUUAUCAUGCUCCACUGUAUUAGAACGAUUCUGGAAGUUAAAAGAUGCAAUACAAAUAUUUUUAGAGUCUAAAGAACAAGUCGUCAGCACUUUGUCGGAUCCAAUGUGGUUACGAGACCUAUCCUUUAUGGUCGAUAUAACGAAGCACUUGUCAAAUUUAAAUUUAAAAUUACAAGGAAAAGAUCAAAUUAUAACAACUAUUAAUGACCAUAUUAAGGCUUUCAAAUGUAAAUUAGAUUUAUGGGAAAUUCAGUUACAGAAUGAAAAUUUAACGCAUUUCCCAACAUGUAUGACGUAUAAAACAAGUUAUUAUGAACCAAUUUUUUACAAAACAUAUUCAGAACAAAUUAUAUGUUUGAAGACUGAAUUCGGAAAUAGAUUUCAAGAUUUAAAAUAUUUAGAAAACGAUUUUAAAUUGUUCACGUCUUCUUUUUCAAUAGACGCAGUAAAAGUUCCAGCACAUAUACAAAUGGAAUUGAUUGAGAUUCAAAAUGAUUCAAAUAUAAAACGUAAAUUCAAUGAGGUUGGUGUACCGAAUUUUUACAAUUUUUUGCCUGUAAGGUACGUAGAAACCCACAGAUUUACGUGUAAAAUUAAGUCUAUGUUUAGUAGUACUUAUCUAUGUGAGCAACUAUUCUCAUUGAUGAAUAGCAAUAAAUCAUCCGUUAGAUCCAGAUUAACUGACAUACAUCUAAAUUCAGUUUUAAAAGUGGCUUCAUCUAAUAAUAUUUCUCCCGAAAUUGAGAAGUUGGUGGAGGAAAAGAGAUGCCAAAUAUCGUCAAAAAAGAAUUAUUAA